GCGUGUUGCCGCGUUUGACCCGCAGCGGUAAAGCGGCGUGUCAGCGGGAGUGACGGCUCUGGAUUCCGCCGGUCCUCUCAGGACGGUCCCGCGGUUCCGCAGCGACACCGACCCGCGUCCUUCCGGCGGAGAUGAUCGAGUAACCGAAGAAAGGUCUUUCCCAUCCGGUGUAGGCCCGGUGGUCAUGGCAGCGCUCCCGUCCGGUCUGUUGGAGGCCUGUGUGGUUGUUGGAGCGUCCAGCGACAAGCUCAGAGACAUUUACCAAAGCAGAUCCAAUGAGCUCCCCCUGCUGGAAGCCGAGGUACUGCAGGUACAUGCUCCGCCCUUUGUUUCCAAAGAGACCAAUUCCAGCCAAGUCAUCGCUCCGGCUUUUAGCCGCGUCCAAAAGAGGAGGAGCUUCAUCAGAAAGAAGAAGCGAGAUCGUAGUACGGACACGCUGCCAAAUGGAGACUCGGUCAGCCGUCCUGAAGGAACCUCAACGACCGAGGACAUCAGUGUUCCAAAAGAUCUGGACCUCAUUGCUUUGCCACAGCUCUGUUUCCCCGGUGGUCUUCAGCUGGCCAGCGAGCUAAGGGAUGACAGCUAUCACUACCUGGUAUUCACUGAUUUGUUUGGGAAUCGAACCCACGGCGUUGUGGUGCAGUACUAUAGAGCGGUGCAGUCCUUCCAUGAGAGUCUCACCCAGAACGGCGGCAGACCGAGGACGCGUCUGUACGCGGCGUUCGCCGUGUGCAUCAUCUCCAAGUUCCCGUUCUACAACGCUCUGAGAGACUGCUUAUCAUGUCUGCUUGUCCAGUUACGGACCUCAAGACAAGGAGACUUCGAGGAGACGGUGAAGGAGUUUUCUGCUAAGCUCUCUUUGGUGCCGUUGCCUCCUCCGGGGUCGCUGCAUGUGUCUUUCAGCCUGCGUCCUCUUCAGGUUGUCCUCCCAUCCAGAGAGGAUCCAGACGGUCCUCUUGUUGACAUGGACCUUCACCUGCCCCUGCUCUGCUUCUCCCACACAGUUCUCCUUCAGGUGCUCUCCUGUCUUCUCCAAGAACACAGGAUGGUCUUCUUCUCGUCUGAUUGGUCCAAGCUGACUUUGGUGGCAGAGAGUCUGCUGUUGUACCUGCAGCCGUUGUCAUGGCAGCAGCCUUACGUUCCUGUCUUAGCCAGAGGAAUGCUGGACUUCCUGAUGGCCCCCACCGCCUUCUUGAUGGGCUGCCACAUCAGUCAUUUGGAAGAUGUAGCUGCGGAGACGGAGGAUCUGAUUCUGGUAAAUAUUGAUGAUGGGAUCAUCCAGUCGUCCUGGUCUGAUACUGUAGACCUUCCGUCCAUCCCUGUGGCGGCAGCAGAAAGCUUUUUAUCCAGAGCGGAGUGCCUUCAGAUUCAUUACGACUUGGACACGUGUCACACGGGAGCCGCCACCGACGUGAACGCCGUUCGAUUCCAGCGUAGAGACUGGCAGAGGAGGCUCAACACGCAAAUCCAGAAUAUCGCCCUGGAGCUGGUGGUCAACACCUUCAGAGGCGUCCAGGACUUCCUCAACCACCAACACAGAGUUUUCAACAGUGAAGAGUUUCUGAGGACCCGGGAGCCUGGAGACCAGCUGUUUUACAAGAAGGUUUUGGAAACUCACAUCUUCCACUCGUUCCUGCGGGACCGGCUGAACAGGAAACUGGAUGCCUUCAGUCGCAUGGAGCAGAAAACUCUCAACCUUUCACACAGGAACCGCGCCAUGACGGAGUCUCCCCGCCCCCCUCUGAUGCCUAAGACCAGGAGCGGCUUCAGGAACCACACCAGUCCCAACCAAAAGCUCAGCAAAAGACUCGGAGCCAGCCUUCCGAACUUAGACCAGCCUCUCAAUGACGCCAUGGCGUCUUUUGUCUUCAGCUCCCACAGAGCGCCGGCGGCCCAGAAAAUGAGCCCGGACGCGGGGCUGAAAUCCCCCCCGAAGGUCGUGAGGGUCUUCCGCCUCCCAGAAUUCCCCCCCCCACUGUCCUACCAUUAUGUCAAAAACUAUUACUCAGACAUGGUGGCAGCGCUGGGGAAGGCUCUGAACGCGACGCCGCCUGAUGACUCCGCCCUGCUGGCCAGGUACCAUUACCUGCGAGGUUUGGUGAACACCGUCUCCAACAGGCGCCUCGAUGCGUUGGAGGACUUCCAGAGUCUCUACAAGACGGACGCAGAAAUCUUUCCUUCAGAGAUGGUCAAGUCUCUGGUUGACUCCAUGCCAAACGCGGAACGCAUUCAGGCGGAGAAACGACCGGAGAUCAAGGGUCUGAUCGGUCGGGUUAUAAGGGACCAGGAGCGGGAACGCGAGGGCCAGGAGAACCGGCCCGAGGAGGCUGCAGUAAAGCACUUCCAGCUGCCGAAAAAAUUCCUGCAUCUGGAAGAGUUUGUGAAAUGUGUCCAAGAGUCUGGGAUCGUAAAAGACCAAGGAACCAUUCUAAGGCUGUUUGAUGCCCUAACUGUAGGUCAUCAGAAGCAGGUUGGUCCGGAUUUAUUCAAGGACUUUUACACCAUCUGGAAGGAGACGGAGGCUGAAGCUCAGGAGGUUUGUCUGCCAGCAUCCGUGUUGGAGCGCAUGGAGACCGGGGAAUCCGUCUUCAAGCUGUCAUCGUCAGUCAAGACGAGCCGCGGCGUUGGAAAGAUUGCCAUGACUCAGCGACGGCUCUUCUUGCUGACUGACGGACGGCCAGGAUACGUGGAGGUGGCACAAUACAGAGAUCUAGAGGAGGUGAAGGUUUCUUCAUCGCCGUUCCUGCUCCUGAAGAUCCCCAGCCUGAAGCUGCGAGUAAAGGGAAAGAGGGAGCCGUUUGAGGCUAAUUUGAAAGCCGAGACCGAGCUGUGGAACCUGAUGAUCAAAGAGAUGUGGGCCGGACGCCUCAUUGCUGAUCAACACAAGAUCAGGUCACAGGAAGUAGAGGCCUUCAGCAAACACUUUAAGGAUGUCAGAGACGGCUGUCUGUCCAUGUGGGAGGGGACAGACAGUAGAAGUUUAUCGGAAACCAACGCACUAUCUACCAACCAAUACCUUCUUUUUGACUGGCACCGCCCACUUCAGCACAAACCGGCUGUCAUCAGAACUCUGACACACAGAGGUAGUACCCAGAACGCGCUGGUUACCCCAAAUGGGCCUUCACUACAUCACAUCAGUGACCCACAACCUGCAGCAGAGAGGAACCAGAGGAAACGACACCAUCAUCACACCUGUGGCUGUCAGAGAAACUGAAAAGGAUCUUUCACAACAUCCUGGCAAACCUCAAACCAGGGCACACCUAGAGGCAAAGACUGCCCCCUCCCAAAGGACAAACCCCCCAGACACAAACUGAGCGACGUGGCGUUUGCUAAGUGUAGUCAGGAAUGUAAGCACAGUUCAUUGGAGAAACGAAGCAUCCUCUGCGCAAACGCAUGAACCAACACAGGACGGCCCGUCCAGUGGACCGGCCGGCCACCCCCAAGACACGGGACGUUCCUUGGAGGACAGUGAGGUCCAGAUCCUCUCCAGGGAACGUUGCUGGUUUGGGAGAGGAGUCAAGGAAGCCAUCGUUGAAAAAGCUAUCUCUGAUUGAAUAGAGGGGGGAGUCACUGCACAGACAGACUGGGCAGGACGGCAGGCAUCGUUCUCCAGAGGUGGAACCCAGGACGGGAUGAAACUCAGCGACUCGGACCUUAGGGGACUUUGUCGGCCGUGAAGGACUGAAACUCCAGACAGGACGAUGUCUAUCUGGAGCUCAACACCCGUCAGACAGAAGCCGCCCGGACGAGAGGCCAAACCUCUUCCUCCAGUUGAUUUUUACAACUCUUCCUCUCCUCGUGACCUGGAUGCCUGAGAAUCUACACCGCCUUUGUGUCCUUCUGUGUGCUCGUCACUGCUCGCCAGCUUCUGGCAGACUGAAGGUUGUGGGUGUGAAACCGACUCCUAAUAACGACCUGGUUUCUGUCUUUCACUUCUGUGUUUUUCACACACGUCACACGUCUGCAAUGAUGGAAAUGGAUUAUUGUCUCCCAGUUCCCCUUUAGCAGACAAAUACCAGUGUGAUUGCUGACAGCAUUGUUUCAAACACAAACAGACUUUUUUGAAAAGCUAAAUAACUUCUUCAACUCUAAUUUUCUUACUUCUGGGUUUCCGAGAUACAGGCCGGUCGCUCUCUGCAGUUAGCAUCGUCUUAAAACUGAAUUUAAGGCAGAAGUGCUGAGCCUGAAGAAAAAGUGACGCUGAAGACGUCAGCAAAGAGCUGACCGUGCGUUCCAGUCAGAAAAACAGAACUAGCUCUUUUUCUGGGGCUAGCUGAAGAGAUCAGGGACGUUUGGAUGAACAACCAGACAACAGGAUCAAUAAUCUGGAGAAACAUUCGGACACUUGGAACAAAGCUCAGGGGCGGUUCUUCACUAACUUACUCCCUGGGCGAAUAACACCCCCCCCCCCCCCAUCUUCUAUUUAGCCAUUUUACACAAAAAUGCAUGAAUUCUCUAGACCGGUAUUACAUGUCUUUAUGUCAAAUACUGGCACCAACUAAACCACAGAAAAGACGUGUCAUAAAAAUAUCUACAGUAGUUAGUAAAUGAAGACAUUAUUUGCAUGACCCCCCCUCCCCCUCCUUCUGACAGACGCGGCUCCGUCUCAGUGAUUGGGGGGGGCAGCUGCAGCCUAGAGAUGACUCCCAAUCACCGGUUAGUGUGAUUCACCCAGCCGCCGCUGAGUUGCGCCCCCCUCUUGAAUUUUUUUGACUUAUGUUCCAAAGAAAGCCGAAAAGAAUGACAAUUGCUGCAAGUGUCUUGCAGCAGAGGGCGGUGGUCACGUGCACGUUGGGUCUACUGUUUCGGAGCGGGGAAUUCUGGGAAAUAAUCCCCAUUGCCUGCUCUGGUUGAAAUGGGGUUGAGCCCGGGUUUUUCUUCUGCCUAAGGCUACAUUCACACUGCAGGGCUUAAUGCUCAAUCCCCAUUUUUUGGCAAGGCCGUGAUCUCCUCCUGUGUGCGUGUGGCACGCGUGCACGUAAGAGAGAGGAGAGCGCGCGUGCAACGGGGUAGGGAAAGAGGGGGGCAGUGGGGGCGCGCAUUCAUGUUGUGUGUUGCGAAGGAAGGAACGCAUCAUCGACCUCAGAUCCCAACAUUGACUUAACAUUGAAAAAUCCUAACGCCUGCGACAGUUGGGGGACCUGUCCAGGAUGUCCCCACCCAUCGCCCCCAAGUGGCCGGGAUAGGCUCCAGCAGACCUCACGGCUACAUUGGGCCCUCGUCUCUUACUAAAAAGGCUUUAGAUUGAACGCCUAAUUCCGUUCAAGGGGCCUUUUUCUUCUGGCUCUCAUUAAUAAUGACACAUGUUACAUUUUUAGGACACGACGAGUCUCCGCAUCUUUCUUCCUAGGACCCUCAGUAACGAGUCUCCGCCUCUUUCUUCCUAGGACCCUCAGUAACGAGUCUCCGCCUCCUCCUUUGUAGGACCCCCAGUAACCAGUCUCCGCCUCUUUCUUCCUAGGACCCCCAGUAACGAGUCUCCGCCUCUUUCUUCCUAGGACCCCCAGUAACGAGUCUCCGCCUCUUUCUUCCUAGGACCCUUAGUAAUAAAUCUCUGCCUCCUCCUUCCUAGGACCCCCAGUAACGAGUCUCCGCCUCCUCCUUUGUAGGACCCCCAGUAACCAGUCUCCGCCUCUUUCUUCCUAGGACCCCCAGUAACGAGUCUCCGCCUCUUUCUUCCUAGGACCCCCAGUAACGAGUCUCCGCCUCUUUCUUCCUAGGACCCCCAGUAACGAGUCUCCGCCUCUUUCUUCCUAGGACCCCCAGUAACGAGUCUCCGCCUCUUUCUUCCUAGGACCCUCAGUAACGAGUCUCCGCCUCUUUCUUCCUGGGACCUCCAGUAACGAGUCUCCGCCUCUUUCUUCCUAGGACCCCCAGUAACGAGUCUCCGCCUCCUCCUUCCUAGGACCCUCAGUAACGAGUCUCCGCCUCUUUCUUCCUAGGACCCCCAGUAACGAGUCUCCGCCUCUUUCUUCCUAGGACCCCCAGUAACAAGUCUCCGCCUCUUUCUUCCUAGGACCCUCAGUAACGAGUCUCCGCCUCAUCCUUCAUAGGACCCUUAGUAAUAAAUCUCUGCCUCCUCCUUCCUAGGACCCCCAGUAACGAGUCUCCGCCUCUUUCUUCCUAGGACCCUCAGUAACGAGUCUCCGCCUCUUUCUUCCUAGGACCCCCAGUAACGAGUCUCCGCCUCUUUCUUCCUAAGACCCUCAGUAACGAGUCUCCGCCUCUUUCUUCCUAGGACCCCCAGUAACGAGUCUCCGCCUCCUCCUUUGUAGGACCCCCAGUAAAGUCUCUGCUUCCUCCUUCCUAGGACCCCCAGUAACGAGUCUCCGCCUCUUUCUUCCUAGGACCCCAGUAAUGGGUCUCCGCCUCUUUCUUCCUAGGACCCCCAGUAACGAGUCUCUGCCUCUUUUUUUCUAGGACCCCCAGUAAUGAGUCUCCGCCUCCUCCUCCCUAGGACUCUCAGUAACGAAUCUCUGCCUCUUUCUUCCUAGGACCCUCAGUAACGAAUCUCUGCCUCUUUCUUCCUAGGACCCUCAAUAACGAGUCUCCGCCUCUUUCUUCCUAGGACCCUCAGUAACGAGUCUCCGCCUCCUCCUCCUCCUUUGUAGGACCCUCAGUAACGAAUCUCUGACUCCUCCUUCCUAGGACCCUCAGUAACGAGUCUCUGCCUCUUUCUUCCUAGGACCCUCAAUAACGAGUCUCCGCCUCUUUCUUCCUAGGACCCUCAGUAACGAGUCUCUGCCUCCUCCUUCGUAGGACCCCCAGUAACGAGUCUCUGCCUCUUUCUUCCUAGGACCCUCAAUAACGAGUCUCCGCCUCUUUCUUCCUAGGACCCUCAGUAACGAGUCUCUGCCUCUUUCUUCCUAGGACCCUCAAUAACGAGUCUCCGCCUCUUUCUUCCUAGGACCCUCAGUAACGAGUCUCUGCCUCCUCCUUCGUAGGACCCUCAGUAACGAAUCUCUGCCUCUUUCUUCCUAGGACCCUCAAUAACGAGUCUCCGCCUCUUUCUUCCUAGGACCCUCAGUAACGAGUCUCCGCCUCCUCCUCCUCCUUUGUAGGACCCUCAGUAACGAAUCUCUGACUCCUCCUUCCUAGGACCCUCAGUAACGAGUCUCUGCCUCUUUCUUCCUAGGACCCUCAAUAACGAGUCUCCGCCUCUUUCUUCCUAGGACCCUCAGUAACGAGUCUCUGCCUCCUCCUUCGUAGGACCCUCAAUAACGAGUCUCCGCCUCUUUCUUCCUAGGACCCUCAGUAACGAGUCUCUGCCUCCUCCUUCGUAGGACCCUCAGUAACGAAUCUCUGACUCCUCCUUCCUAGGACCCUCAGUAACGAGUCUCUGCCUCUUUCUUCCUAGGACCCUCAAUAACGAGUCUCCGCCUCUUUCUUCCUAGGACCCUCAGUAACGGGUCUCUGCCUCCUCCUUGGUAGGACCCUCAAUAACGAGUCUCUGCCUCUUUCUUCCUAGGACCCUCAAUAACGAGUCUCUGCCUCCUCCUUCGUAGGACCCCCAGUAACGAGUCUCCGCCUCUUUCUUCCUAGGACCCUCAGUAACGAGUCUCUGCCUCCUCCUUCGUAGGACCCCCAGUAACGAGUCUCUGCCUCUUUCUUCCUAGGACCCUCAGUAACGAGUCUCCGUCUCCUCCUUUGUAGGACCCUCAGUAACGAAUCUCUGACUCCUCCUUCCUAGGACCCUUAGUAACGAGUCUCUGCCUCUUUCUUCCUAGGACCCUCAAUAACGAGUCUCCGCCUCUUUCUUCCUAGGACCCUCAGUAACGAGUCUCUGCCUCCUCCUUCGUAGGACCCUCAAUAACGAGUCUCCGCCUCUUUCUUCCUAGGACCCUCAGUAACGAGUCUCUCCCUCCUCCUUCGUAGGACCCCCAGUAACGAGUCUCCGCCUCUUUCAUCCUAG